AUGCAUUUCUCCAGCCUUUUGACUAUGGGCUUCGGCUUCUACGCCAUGGCCUCACCAGUCGAGAAGCGUGCCGGUAUUCGAGAGAACGACUUGAUUGACGGUGAUUGUCGCGACGUCACCUUCCUGAUGGCUCGAGGCUCGGGCGAGGGUGGCAAUAUGGGCCUGACUGUGGGACCGCCCACUUGUGAAGGGUUGAAGGAGACUCUCGGAGACGACAAGGUCGCAUGCCAGGGAAUCGGCAACGGUUAUACGGCUUCUGUCGUUGACAAUAUCUCGACUAUUGGCACAUCGCGAGCUGGACUUGCGGAGGGCACUAAGAUGGUUCAACUUGCCAGCACUCAAUGCCCCGAUACUCAGAUCGUUGUUGCCGGUUACAGUCAAGGUGCAGCUCUCAUAGCCGGUGUUCUCAGCUCUCUUGAUAGCACCCUCCAAGCUAAGGUCAAAGGGGCCGUCUUGUAUGGCUACACAAAGAACCAGCAGAACGACGGGACCAUUCCAGAUUACCCUCCAGCUCAGACAAAGGUCUUUUGCGCACGAACCGACGGAGUGUGUUUCGGAGCAUUGCUUGUGACUGCCGGUCAUCUGGGUUACACCCGAGACGUCGAUGAGGCUGUUGAGUUCUUGGCUGGCACCCUUCAGACCACUGCGGCAUAA